AUGGCGGCGUCGCACGGAUCGACGGCUCUCCUUCAUCGGCGCCUCGUAGACACGGCUUCUCUCGCUUCCGGAUCCUCCUCGCUCUUCGUUCCCUCGUUGGAUCCUAGCUUCUCCCCGUCGUUAGCGCACCGUCAUCAACGCUCGUCCGUCGAUUUCCCCUCAGAUCAACAACUAGAUCGCCUCGUGCCAGCUGGCACCAGAGCCGCCGCUGAAUGCGGCAGCAGCCGUGGCGCCAGAGCGGGCAUAUGCCAUGCCGUUGCAAGCGGCGGGAGCGACGGCGGCAGCAGCGGAGGUGCGAACUACGCGCGGAGCUGGCGAAACAGGGGCGAGGGCGCGCGGGCUCUGGUGACUAUAGCGCGGGUGGGGAUUUCGAUGGCAGGGCUAUCGCUUGGUGGUUCUUAUAGCGGGGGCUCGGGGUCCAUAUCAGGCAGUGGGGAGGCGCAGCAGGGAUGGCAGCAGCAGCGCCGACCGCAGCAGCAGCAGCAGCAGCAAAGGCCGGGGGGAAGGCGCGGGGUUCUCCCGCAAAGGCGGCCAUCGGCGGAGCUGUUGUCGGAGGAACGGCGGAAGAAGGAGGUGGAGCGCGCAAUGCGCGAGGCUCGGGGGAAAGGGGGUGCGGAGGGUCUGGCGGAGGCGUUGCAGAUAGAGCCGCCGGCGCAGCCGCAAUGGCCGUUUUGGCGGAAGAAGCGGGAGUCGAGCUCCGGUGAGGCGCGCAUGCUGACGCGACGGAUCGUGGAGCUGGGGAAACGGCGACAGCUGGACCAGGUGUUUCAACUCCUGGAGGACGCGAAGCGCAGCAAGAAAAUGGUGAACAUGAUCACAAUGAAUGCGGCCAUGGCGGCGUGCGUGAACUGCGGCGACAUCGACCGCGCGCUCGACCUCUUCGACGACAUGACGGCGGACGGCGGCACGGGCGUCGACUCCAUCACCUACGGCACGCUGCUCAAGGGUCUAGGUCGUGCAAAGCGGUUGGACGACGCAUUCGAGGUGUUGGAGGCGAUGGAGGACGGCACGGCGCCGGGGCGGCCGGAGCUGACGGCGGUGCACCUCAACACGCUCGUGAACGCGUGCGCGGACGCGGGGGACGCUCGGCGCGCCAUGAGCGUCGUGCAGCGCUACAAGCGCGCCUUCUCGGGGGCUAUCGGGCCGUCCGCGUUUACUUACAACCUGCUGCUCAAGGGCUACGCGCGGUCGGACAAUCCUUUAGAAGCGCUCAGCGUAGCAGAGGAGAUGCACCUGCAGGGGCUGCAGUGGGAGCGCGUCACCUUCAACUGCCUCAUCCUCGCCUGUGUGCGCGCUGGUGACAUGGACCGCGCACUCGACCUCCUGCAAGACAUGAAGGCAGAGGCAUUGAGGAGGGGCGAUGACGACGUGCUGCCAGACGCCGUCACUUACACCACCAUCAUCAAGGGUCUAUCAGAGGAGGGCGACCUAGAGGCGUUGAGGGACGUGGUGGCGGAUAUGAAGCGCGCCAGCUGUGUGCGCAGCCCUGCCGGCCCCUCCUCCCUCCCGCACUGCCACACGCUGCUCGCGGCUGAUGGGCCUUCUGGUGUGGCGGCUGCUGGGGUGGAAGAGGGCGUGAGCAGCCCUGCCAGCGCCGUGACUAGCAGCAGUGGCGUGGCUGAUAGCAGCAGCAGCAGCAGCGGGGGUGGGGCGAGCAGCAAUCCGCUGGUGAUGGACCGAGUGGCCUACACGGCCAUCAUCGAUGCCUUCAUUUCUGUCGGCUCGCCUGAGGACGCGCUGCAGUGCAUGGCGGAACUAGAGGAGCUGGGGAGAGCGGACCGCUCAAUGCGGCCGCGGGCGCACGUCUUCCUCUCCCUCAUGCGCUCCCUCGCUGCUGCCGGCGACCUGCCGUCCACGCAGCAGCUCGCCGCCCGCCUGGUGCGCGACGCGGGCGGCAGAGUGUGGCCGGAGGAGCGGGCGGAGGCGGCAGAGCUGGUGCUGGAGGCGGCCACCCGGGCGGGCGAGAUGGGCGUGGCAGCGCGGAUGCUGGACCAGAUGGAGGCCAUGCACGGCCACCAGCUGCGCAUGUCCCUGCGCGGCAUGCAGGCGGUGGUGCAGCUGAUGGCAGCAACGGGGGCGGGCUUUGAGCGCUUCACGCCCAUCGGCAUCAGACAAGAGCUGUCGCUGCGUGAUACGGUGCAGUCUGUCAUGGUUCCCCUGGCUGACGUGGCAGUGGCCCACCCUGACCAGUCACUGGUGGAGCUGAGGUCAGCACGGCCAGAUCUGAUGCCUGCUGACGUCAUCCCGGUGAUCAACGGUGCUGAUGAAUGCGUGGGCGUGCUGAGAGUACCAAACCAUGCCAUGGACCCUGUGACCCUCAUCUCUCACCUCAUGCUGCCCCCCCCGCCCUCGCUCUCCUGCCUCUCCACCAUCUCUGAAGCUGCUCUCCUCCUCUUCUCCCUUUCACCCUUCCCACCUGUCUCUCUCCCCCAACCACAGGAUCCUACAACCCUCGUCUCGCACCUCAUGCUGCCCCCCCCGCCCUCGCUCUCCUGCCUCUCCACCAUCUCGGAAGCUGCUCUCCUCCUCUCCUCGCGCCGCACUCCCCUGGCGGCGGUGGUGGCGGGCAGUGCACGCAUGCGCUACGGGCUCGCCAAGGAGGCUGCACAGAGGAGCGCGGGGGAGGAGCGGCGCGUGGUGGGGUUUGUGCGUGCUGAGGCCGUGUUCGAGGGGCAUGGCGGGUGCUGGUGGCACUCUAGGGAGCAGAGGGAGGGUGGGGAGGAUGUUGCUGCUGUGGAGAGUGGUGAUGUGCCGCUUGGUGAAGCUGAGGGUGCGGGUUUUGGUGCCAGGACUGAAGACAGCAGCAGUGAUUCCGACUCCCUUGUGGCCCUCGCCCUGCUCUCUGCACCAUUCCUCGCGGCCCUUGCAUCCCCCCUCACACCCUGCCCAGCCACACGACUUCGCCUCGCCCCACCAACGGCCACUGCAGCCACGCUCUCUGCCUCCCCCGACUCCCAACGGACCAAUCAGAAAGAAUCUUCUGCCGCUGCUGCUUCCAGCAGCACAAGUUAUGAGACCAGUGCUAAUGCUGCUGGUGAUGCUGCCGCUGGUGCUCCUACUGAUGGUGCUGUUGACAUUGGAACCCUCAACUCCACCAGCACCACCGCCACCCCUGCCACCUCUGCUACCGCCUCCCCCUCCACCCGCCCAUCCCCACCUCACUCCACCGCAUCCCUUCCCUUAGCCGCCGCAUCCCCCAACCUAGCGUCCAUGUGGCAGCGCGUGAUUGGCUCCACGUCCGAGUGGGUUCCCCGGCCGGUCACCGGACAGAUAGGCCUGCAGGUGGGGCCGCCUGCGCCCCUCUUCACUCUCCCUGAAACCCAAACCCACGCCGAGAGCUCCCAGAGCUUAUGGGGGGGGGAUCUCAGCUCCUCUGACUCAUCUCUCAGUGCGCAGGACUGGCAGCAGCAGGGGCAGUGGCGGGGGGAGACGGGCAUGGGGGUGCUGCUGUCGCCGGGGGGGCCGUGGGGGCGGGUGGUGAGGGAGUGGCGGUGGGCGCGCGUGCAGUACCUGUGGGACGUGCUGCUGGAGCGACAUCCUAUUGUGUACAUCAUGCUGCUCAUGACCAUGUGCACCACACUCGUCUUCCUGGGAGGAUUCCUCUUCCACACCUUCCGGCAGCGCAAGAGUCUGGGCGAGGACAUGUGGGACGCGUGGUCCGCCCUCGUGUCGUCCAGCUCGCACCUUAAGGAGAGCACGCAGGAGGGGAGGGUGAUAGGCAUCAUGCUCACGCUGGGGGGGCUCUUCUUCUACUCGCUGCUCACCUCCACCAUGACUGCCCAGUUCAAGCUGCGCAUGGAGUGGCUGAGGGAAGGCGCUCACUCGCAGGUGAUGGAGCGGGAUCACAUAGUGAUCGGGGGAAUCAACAACCGCCUCGCCACGCUGCUGCGCCAGCUCAGCAAGAGCCAGCACUUUGCGGUGCAGGACGGCUCUGCUGUAACCAGCACUUUGCCGUGCAGGAUGGCUCUGCAGUCACCAGGUGGGCAGGGGAGGAGUUCUUGUGGUGAUGCUGGGAUGCUGCUAUGGGCGAGAGCCAGCAGCACUGCGGCAGGACAGUCACAAGCAGCACUGCUGCCAUGCCAUGCCAUUUUUGUGCCGCAUGCCCUUUGCCUCCUCACUCCACCGCCUGCCCACCAGGAAGCGCACAGUGCUGCUGCUGGAAGAACCAUCAUAUUCCCCCCUGCCUCUCUUUCACCACCGUCCCUGUUCUCCCUUCCCUUGCCCAAUUCCUUCUCCCCAUUUCACCUGCCUGCCUACCAGGAAGUGCACGGUGCUGCUGCUGACGGAGCUGCCGCGCAAGGAGGCGGAGAAGAUCGUGUCGCCGAAGCGCACGGUGCUGCUGCUGACGGAGCUGCCGCGCAAGGAGGCGGAGAAGAUCGUCUCGCCAUACCUCAAGGACUGCCCGCACAGUGGUGCUGCUCACAGAAGCAUCAUAUUCCCCCCUGCCUCUCUUUCAACACACCACCGCCCCUGUUCUCCCUUCGCUUUGGUCCCCCCCCCUCCACCUACCUAUCUACCAGGAAGCGCACGGUGCUGCUGCUGACGGAGUUACCGCGCAAGGAGACAGAGAAGAUAGUCUCGCCUUACCUCAAGGACUGCCGGCACAGUGCUGCUGCUGACACAACCAUCAUCCUUCCCUCUGCCUCUGCUUCACCACCAUUCCCUUCUCCCGCCUCCAAUUCCACCAGGAAGCGCACAGUGCUGCUGCUGACGGAGUUACCACGGAAGGAGACAGAGAAGAUAGUGUCGCCUUACCUCAAGGACUGCCAGCACAUCAACCUCUUCAUUCGCAGCGGCCCGCUCAGCAGCACGGCGUCCUUUAAGAAGGUGGCGGCAGACAGGGCGCGCUCAGUCAUUCUGCUGGCGCCCAAGGACGACUACUACGAGGCAGAUGCAGACGUGGUCAUGUCGGUCAUAGCUCUCAAACCUCUUCUUAGAGGCUCCAACACGGGGGUGGUGGCAGAAGUGAGCAAGGGCAGCACGGGGUCGCUGCUGAGGGGCAUGGCGGAGGUGCGCGUGAGCGCCGUGGAGAAUCUCUCUGCCAAGCUCUUUGUGCAGUGCUCAAGGCAGCCCGGCCUUGUCGACGUGUACUGCAAGCUGCUGGACCACACGGACGAGGUGAUCAACGUGAGAAGCUUCCCCUCGCUUGCCGGCCUGCCCUACGGCCUCGUGCGCAGGGGAUUCCCCGAGGCGGUGUGCUGCGGCAUAGUGAGGGACGGCAAGGUGCAGUUCCACCCCAAAGAAUCCGACCCCAUGCAGCGCACCGAUAAGGGACGGCAAGGUGCAGCAAUCGAUGUAGCCUGCAUUGACCUACCAAGCGCUGAAGCACACGCACCGGCACCCGCCCCCAGCGCUCAUGCUGCAGGCAGCAGCGCAGAUAAGGCAGAAGCAGGAGAGCAGACGGGUGAUGCUGAUAGCGCUGAAGCACACUCAUCGCUACCCCCUACCAGCACUCAUGAUGCAAGCAGCAGCGCAGAUAAGGCAGAAGCAGGAGAGCAGACGGCGCUGAAGCACACUCAUCGCUACCCCCCUCCAGCACUCAUGAUGCAAGCAGCACAGAUAAGGCAGAAGCAGGAGAGCGGCCGGGGGGGGAGGGAGGGGCGCGGGGGCGGGGGGAGUGAGGGAAUGGUGCGAGUGCACAGGGACUCGGCGCUAAAGACAAGAGAUGCCGGCCAGUUCAAGCCCAACGAGCCGGCGGCACGAGCGGAGCGCAUGGUGAUGCUGGGGUGGAGGACGGGCGUGCCGGACAUGAUCCGCGAGUUUGACGACUAUCCGAAUGAGCCAGCGGCACGAGCGGAGCGCAUGGUGAUGCUUGGAUGGAGGACGGGCGUGCCGGACAUGAUCCGCGAGUUUGACGACUACGUGGGGCCGGGCAGCGAGUUGGUCAUUCUGGCGGAGGAGAGUUUGGAAGAGCGGGAGAGGCAGCUGGCGAGAAUGCUCAGGACGCCCCUGAGGAACCUUACGGUCGUGCACAAGGUGGGCAACCCCAUGAGUCGCACGGAUCUGACAGACGCCAUCCUGGACCUGGGCAGUGUGUUCCACCCCUUUGUGUCCGCCGGCGGUGACAUGUUCUUUGACAACGUGCCCUUCUCCAUUAUUGUUGUUUCCGACCGCUCCUGGCACCACGGAGAGCGCACCAAGCCGGACAAGCAGUCGCUGUACUCGCUGCUGCUGGCAGAAUCGGUGUGCCGUGCCAACAAGAUAAAGGUGCAAUCUCUGAACGCAGAGCUGGAGGACAACCGACUUGGCCGCGAGGUGGUGGGCAGCCAUCCAUCUCUCACCUACAUCGGCACGUCCGACCUCAUGGGGCUAGUCACCUCGCAAGUCACGGAGCAUGCGGAGCUGAAUGCCAUCUGGACAGAGCUGCUCAACUCAUGGGGGGACGAGAUCUACGUCAAGGAUGCGUCCCUGUAUGUGAGUGGGGAAGAGAGCCCUACAUUCAACGAGCUGGCGGAGAGGGCGGUGCAGCGGGGGGAGGUGGCAAUAGGUCCCGGGGAGACCCCAACCUUCAACGAGCUGGCAGAGAGGGCAGUGCAGCGGGGGGAGGUGGCGAUCGGGUAUCGGCUCAGCGACACCACAGUCAUCAACCCGUGCCCCAAGGACGUGCCGCUUGAGUUCGGCCCGGAGGACAGCCUCAUUCUCAAAAGCUCCACGUGCGCUCCUCAUCACUGCGCGCCGAGUUCCUUCUCUCUCCCCCUCUCCCACUCCAUUCCCCCGUCCGCGCGCGUUACCUUGACUCUAUCGCCCCUCCCUCACCCCGUCCGCCUUUCCCGUUCCCCUCCGCCGCUCGCAGUGACUCUAUCGCGCGUGACAAAGAAGGGGCGCGAGCAGAAGGAGUCGCUAGUGGAGGCGGUGCGGGCGGCAGUAGAGGAAUAUUCGGACGUGUACGUGUUCGAGUUCGACAACAUGCGCAACACGAAGCUCAAGGAAUUGCGAGACGAGCUCAAAGGCUCAUGCCGGUUCUUCCUGGGGGCGAACAAGGUGCUGCAGGUGGCGCUGGGGAGGGACAAGGCCACGGAGCAGAGGGAGGGGCUGCACCGGUGCAGUGAGCUGAUAGAGGGUCACCGAGGGCUGCUCUUCACAUCGCUGCCCAAGGAGCAGGUGGAGAAGCGGUUCCAUGAGCUGGCGGAGCCGGACUUUGCGCGCACGGGCAGCAUCGCCACCAGCACAGUGGAGCUCCCUGAGGGUCCCCUCACCCAGUUCAGCCAUGACAUGGAGCCGUUCCUGCGCAAGCAGGGCAUGCCCGUGCGCCUUAACAGAGGAGUGAUUGAUCUGGUGGCUGAAUUCACAGUGUGCAGAGAGGGCCAACCGCUCUCCCCCGAAGCUGCCACCAUUUUGCGGCUACUGGGAGAAAAGAUGGCAGUCUUUCGGCUGCAUCUGCUGGCGCGCUGGACGGACGGCUCCUUUGAGCUGUUGCCAGCUGGCGAGGCGGCAGCCAAGGCGGGCAGUGGAAAGGGCAGGAAGGGAGGGUUCGUGGAAGGGUUUGUGGAGUCUGAUGAGGGGAGUGAGGAGGAGGAAGGUGAAGAGGAGGAAGGGGGUGGUGAGGAAGAGGCUGCUGCUUAG